CAGAACCUCCAGCAGAGCCUGAGGACCCUGAAGAGCAAGACACAGUGAAGACUGAAAGAUCUGCAAAGAGACAAAAGUCUAAAAAGAACUAAAAAGGACAACAAGGACAAUCAAAGCAGAAGAAUCCAAACCAAACUGUCAGCAUGUUUUUGACAUCAAACUUCUCCAAAGUGAAGGCUGUCUGUGUGGUGGUGAUGGUCAUGAUGAUGAUGAUGAUGAAGGAAGCGGCAGCAAAACCAGCAGGUCAUUCAAAACACUCAGUGAAGACACACAAGACGUCCUCUGAUGGUGCAACGGUGGAAACGGUCCCCCUGCAGCUUGACCCCAACACUUUGACUGCCUCCAAAAACAUCAGGCCCCUGCAGAACUCCUCCAUCUCCCCGUGGACAUACAACAUCACCAGUGACGACUCUCUGUUCCCUCCGGUGUUGUCGGAGGCUCGCUGUUUGCUGCGUGGCUGUCUGGACUCAGAGGGCCAGGAAGACCUGAACCUUGAGUCCAGACCCAUCAUGCACCAGGUCCUGCUGCUGCGCCGUGUCAAAUCGACAGGGGCAGAGCACAGUUACCACUACAGGCUGGAGACCCGCCUCAUCGCUGUGGGCUGCACCUGCAUCCGACCCAUUGUCCAACACCAAGACUGAAGGACAUCAGAGCUUCUGUAUUGAAGACCAGAAUCAAAGUAUAACUAUUACUUUCUAUCUCCUAAUUGUGAAUUUAUACAUAAGAAUUAAGAGAUAGAAACUCAUAGUUCACCCAGUAGCUCAAGUCAAAUAUUUGUACCUCUCAUAAUUAUGACGAACUGUGUCAUAUCAUAGUAUACAAUUAUUAUCACAUACUAAUAAUACCUUUAUUUUUACAGUACAACAACAAAAGUUACUAAAUGCUUUCCCAUAGAUUCCAAUUGCAUAAAUCAGAGUGAAAGAUAUGGAUGAACAAUAAUAAUUGAUUGGGAAUGUAAUAAAAGAGUGGAUUACAUUUCCAAGUGCUUGGUAGAUUUUAAUCCCAAGAAGCAAAAGCUAUAGUGUGAGUGAAGGAAGAGUUUAUGAUUCAAGACUGUGUAACAAUAACUUCAUUGGAAGAAAAGUUAUAUCUGGGAGUCAUCUGCAUAGAAACGGGAACUGAUUGUCAUGUUCUGAAAUAUUGAAUCUAAGCCUAAUAUGUAUAUAUACUGUGGCUGGAGGAUGAUCGGACAGAGAAUAAUAAAAGGACCAAGUACAUAUCCUUCAAUAUGAUGAUUUUAAGUCACAAGUAUCUGUUCUUCUGAAAUAAUUAUUUCCAGCUUUCUACCAGUGUAUUCAGUUUGAUUUGAUGUAAGGUCAAAGUCUUCUUUUGAACAUUUCUGUGUCUUGCCUACAUGCUGCUCUGUGAUGUGCCAGUUGUAGAAUUAAUCUGCCCCUUCCUUCCCCAUUAAUUUCUUUUCAAUUUCUCUUUUUUUGUUUACAUUUUUUUAUUUGUCUCAAAACACAAAACUGGAGGAACUAGACAACUUCACUCUGGAGCUGAAGUUUAAAAGCAAGCAGAUUAUUAGUGGGUGUGUUUCAUAUAUUAUGUUCUAUUUAUAGUUUAAGUUUAUUUAAAUAACUAUUUAAAAUGUUUUUCAGCAGGUAUUUAUUAGUGAUGUUAUAUUAAUAUUAAUGUAUUUAU